AAGCAAACAAAAAAGUGAGUUCUAACAAUGACAAACACUAUUCGAAUAAUCUUAGUUAUGGGCGAUAACAGAGCAGCUAUUUUGCUAUAUAUACGGCGGGGCUCUCUAAUAGCGUCAAGUCAGUUUACUAUUUGCACUCCAGUACCUCGCACGGUAUACUCGAUUUCGCAAUGCCCAACAUGGAUCUCUACAAUAUGCCCGGUGCUCCGACCAGCCGUGCCGUUCAGAUGACUGCCAAGGCUCUGGGCCUCGAACUGAACUCCAAGUUCAUAAACACCAUGGAGGGUGACCAACUGAAGCCGGAGUUUGUGAAAAUCAACCCGCAGCACACCAUUCCCACCCUGGUGGACAACGGAUUCGCCAUCUGGGAGUCCCGCGCCAUUGCGGUCUACCUGGUGGAGAAGUACGGGAAGACCGAUUCCCCACUCUACCCUAAGGAUCCCCAGAAGCGAGCUGUGAUCAACCAGCGGCUGUACUUCGACAUGGCCAUCCUGUACGACGCCCUCACCAAGUACAUGUACCCCCUCUUCCGCACUGGCCAGCUGGGGGAUCAGGAGUCGUUGGACAAGUUCAAUGCCGCCCUGGAGUUGCUCAACACGUUCCUGGAGGGUCAGGACUACGUGGCCGGCAGCAAACUGUCCGUGGCCGACAUCGUCAUCCUGGCCACCCUGUCCACCAUCGAGAUGAUUUCGUUUGACUUGCAGAAAUUCCCGAACGUGGAGAGGUGGUACAAGAAUGCCCAGAAGGUCACUCCUGGUUGGGCAGAGAACUUGGAAAGCCUUAAGCAGUUGCAGAAGUUCAUAGAGCAGAAGAUGGCAGAAAAGAAGUAAAUGGUUAGGAUAAUUUAAUUUAUAAAUAAAAAUCAAUGAAAAGCAAGAUAGCAGUGGAAAAAUUGUUAUGGAAGAAAAUUUUCUUAUUUGAUGUGUAAGCGCUCUUAUAAUUUUAAAAACUAAAACUCGU